CACGGCCGCACGCGACUCCUACCCGCGUGCCCGCUUCCCUGGUCGUUCCCGUUCGCCCAGUGCCAAACCGUCAGAAAUGCAGUUUCAAAAUACAAGUAACAAGCUAGAGCGCUCGAGCGAUAUGAAAUAUCAAACGUGGCCAACGAAACCUUAACAAUAAAUAAGCAAUGUAGAAGAUAAAAUACAAAAUAACUUAUGACGAGAUACAAUAAUUCAAUUGUGAUGAUUAGAACGUACUGUACCAAUGAAGGCGUCCAAAUUUUUCGAAUUAGAUAAAGAUUUAACAUAGUAGUUAUAUUUAAAUAGCGUUGUAUAUAUAAGUAACGUGGGUGAUAUCGAGUUAGUGUUAAGACAAUGGUGGUCGCCGCGAAUGAGCAGCGCGGUGGGGAGUUGACUAUGAGACUUUGAUCGGUGCUGGCAUGCGGCUGGCUUGAAGACGGCGUGGCACGAUGGCGGCGGUCGCCGGCCUCUACGGACUGGGCGACGAGCAGCGGGGCAGGCACCGGCGCCAGGCCAACGCCGAGCGCUCCGAGUCCAGAGAUGACAACACUGAGGCGUCGCUGCCGAAAUUGUGCAGUCAAGAAGAAGAACAGGGCCGGCCGCCUCAGGGCGGCGUAGUGACAUUUGAACCGAUACAACAUGACCACGACUUCUGCGAGAGGGUCGUGAUCAAUAUAAGCGGUCUCAAAUUUGAAACACAACUACGGACACUCAACCAAUUUCCAGAGACUCUGCUGGGGGACCCUUCAAGACGGAUCAGAUACUUUGAUCCAAUAAGGAACGAGUACUUUUUCGACCGGAACAGACCGUCUUUCGACGCCAUCCUGUAUUACUAUCAGAGCGGCGGCCGCCUGCGCCGCCCCGUCAACGUUCCGCUGGACGUCUUCUCGGAGGAGAUCAAGUUCUACGAGCUGGGGGAGCAAGCCACCAACAAAUUCCGUGAGGAUGAAGGGUUCAUAAAGGAAGAGGAGAAGCCCUUGCCCUCCAACGAGCGCCAACGCAAAGUGUGGUUGCUGUUCGAGUACCCCGAAAGCUCGCAGGCCGCCCGGGUCGUCGCCAUCAUCUCGGUGUUCGUCAUCUUAUUGUCCAUCGUGAUCUUCUGCCUCGAAACGCUGCCAGAGUUCAAGCACUACAAGGUGUUCAACACCACGACCAACGGCACCAAGAUCGAAGAGGACGAAGUCCCCGACAUCACCGACCCGUUCUUCCUGAUAGAGACGCUCUGUAUCAUCUGGUUCACGUUCGAGUUAAUAGUGCGGUUCCUAGCCUGUCCGAACAAGUUCAAUUUCUUCCGGGACGUCAUGAACAUAAUCGACAUAAUCGCUAUAAUACCGUACUUCAUCACGCUGGCCACCGUCGUCGCGGAAGAGGAAGACCAGCUGAACCUCCCAAGAGCGCCGGUCUCGCCGCAAGACAAGUCCACCAACCAAGCCAUGAGUCUCGCUAUACUCCGCGUCAUUAGACUUGUGCGAGUGUUCCGAAUCUUCAAGCUCUCCCGGCACUCCAAGGGCCUGCAGAUAUUGGGGCGCACUCUGAAGGCGUCCAUGCGAGAACUGGGUCUCUUAAUAUUUUUCCUCUUCAUCGGUGUGGUGCUGUUUUCAUCUGCGGUGUACUUCGCGGAAGCCGGAAGUGAGAACAGCUUCUUCAAAUCCAUACCUGAUGCGUUUUGGUGGGCGGUCGUGACAAUGACGACCGUAGGAUACGGCGACAUGACGCCUGUCGGAGUGUGGGGCAAGAUCGUGGGUUCGCUCUGCGCCAUCGCGGGCGUGCUCACCAUCGCGCUUCCGGUGCCCGUCAUCGUGUCCAACUUCAAUUACUUCUACCAUCGUGAGACUGACCAAGAAGAGAUGCAGUCGCAGAACUUCAACCACGUCACCAGCUGCCCGUACCUGCCCGGGACUAUGGGUGAACCCUAUUUAAUUUCAGGUCCAAUCAAAAAGUCGUCUGUGAGCGACGACUCGUCGUCCGAGAUGAUGGAGCUAGAAGAUUCUGUGCUGGUGGCAGAUCCUCAGCUCGAGAUCAGCAUGCGGCGCUUACGUGAAGAGGAACGCCUCCUAAGAGAGCAGCAGGCCGCUAUGGAGGCGUCUGGCAACACGGACGACAUCGCAGCGCUGGAACAUCAGGACUUAUUGCGCCAUAAUCAACUAAGACAACAAGAGCUGCUGAAGCAACAAGCUAAACUGGCGAAGCGGGCUACCAGGCCUGAUGAACACCGCUGCGAGUUGCGUCGGCGGCCCGGCGCCUUGGCGAUCGCGGCACACGGCGCACCCGCGCCCGCACACGGCGCCGCGCAUGGCUCGGCGUUCGGCGUCGGCUACGGAUCUGGAGUGGGGACGAUGUACGGAAUCGCGCCCGGAACCGUCUACGGACCGGGCCACGUGGCCGGCUGCGGCGCCACGCACGGCGGCGUCACGUGCAACGUGCGCGUCAACCAGCUGCACGGUGCCGCUGCCGAGGCACUGGAAACGGACGUCUGACCAACGGGUAAGGCGAGCCGGGAAGAGGACGCGCACACAGUGUGGCGCGGCCGACUGCCCGCACGCUCGCCGCCCGCGUGCCACGUGUGAGCGCUCGCUCCGCGCACGCCUGACGCCCGAGCCGUCACAGGACACCCGCCAACCACGCCAUAACCUUCUGCAGACGUGCCGAGAACUCGUCCGCCGACACGGACCGACCUGCAGACGCACGAACGAGUCGGAAGCCGGGAGCGGAAACCGGCGUGUUUGUAGAUCCAAAUAACCUGGUGUCGAUCACUUAUGAACUAUUUCUAGGUGCUUAAAUUUCAAGCGAUCUUUUAGUUAAUCGGUUAAAAUCCUAGCAAUCAAAUUUUUAAACGACUUCUAUAAAUAAAUCUUUGAAUACGCUUGUACCUACUAUGAGUGCGAUUAGCCUUGGCCAUCAUUGUAAAUAAAUCCAGAAGGCUUACCUACCGCUUAGUACACUUUAUACAAUUCGAUACACGUGUAAUAUUAGGUAUGAUAAUUCAAACAAGAAAGGUGUAAGUAAUCAAUCAAAAUAGGCCUACGAUAAAUCAAUUCUGAGAAGCAACAUGUAACCGCUGCAUUUUGCGAUAUGCGAACCGUAUCCCGGGUGCCUUCGCGCAAUGCUACAUUAUGACGAGACAGCCGUGAAGGGAAGGCGCGAUGACGCAGCGAAGCCUGCGCUCGCGCAUUCGCAUCGACCACUGAUUUAAGUACUAGACGUUACACAAAUUGGUGACAAACCCGUAUGACUACUCCGAACAGAGCUCUGAAGCUGAACUCGAUUAGAAUACCGACUCCAAAAAUGAGGCCACUGAGCCGCGCUCAACCAGUAGGUACGAUCAUAGUCUAAACACAGCGAGUCGAUGCCGAAAUGUAGUUGUCCCGACCUCUCGCAGUUCGCUCGGGAACGACUGACGAAUCAGCUGUAUUUCAGGCAUCAUAGCCGUGUCCACUCUGUCGCUGGGUCGCAAUCGCUUCCGUGCUAGAUCUAAAUAUUUUUACGAUUCUAAAAUAGUGUUUAGAGUCGGUCUGAGGUCCGGUGAAACGUGGUCUUGAUGAUUCUUAAUGAACGAGGUUGUGAUUUAAAUAUAUCAACCUCGUGUGGUCAGGAAAGUAGUCGUAAGUUAUUUAUGUUGUUGACAUUGCCGGUGUACACUUGGAAGCGGCCGUGGAUCACUCCCCGUCCCCUGUGCGCUUGACACAGCCUCGGCCAUCGUGGUGCACGCGACUAAUUCAAUAUUACUCAUAGCGUUUAACAUAACAUGCACAUCAUUGAUGUUUCAUAAGUUAAUAUUUAAAGGCUUUAUUCAUUAAAAUAUACAAUGCUGGUGGGUUGUGAAUAACGGAACGUUAGCGGCAGAAUUUUAUUUCGGUAUGAAACUUGUACAAUUUUAAGUUCGUCUGGCAAACGUUUCAUGACCAAAUUUCUAGUCAGUUUAAUUAAUACAAAAGUUUAUAUCCAAUAUAAUUUGUUCAUUAACAAUUGAAGAAUUACGUACAUCAUCUUAUAGAUAUUAAUGGUUUAAUUGUUUGAAAUGUCGCUGAAAGGAGGAUGGAUUAUAUUAUUGUACUAGCUGAUAAUAUUAUAGACAUAUCCGAUAAGAAGUGAUUUUAUACUAAAUGUGUUUAUUAUUAUUGAAGUAUUUAAUAGGAUUACGGCUAACCGCGUUUGUUGAUCGAGGCUUCUUUGGAUCCACGAGAAGCUUUUCCUCUUGUCAAUUUCUUAAAUAUCUAUGUUUGUCUGUGGAUCCAUUAAAGCUUGCGCCUGAAAUGCAAAUUUUCUAAUAUUAUAAUUAUUAUAUUAUAUUAUACCUUGAACAAAAAAUUAAUAAGGCCUUCCAAAGGGGCAAUGCUGCCAGCAUCUUGGGUGUAAUGCCUUGCUACGGUGGUUCCGUUGAGGUUUUAAUUUAUAUUUAAGUUUAUUUUAUGGAUUACUUUUAAUUCUUAUUGUUUUUAAGUAACAUUUAAAUGUUUAUUUAUUAUUUAUUUAUUGACAAUUAAAAAAUAUUUUAAAUUUAAAUAUGAAUUCAGAGAAGUAUGAAUUUCCUCUUCUUUCAUUUAAAUAUUUUGAGGACACAUAAUUUUUUCUUUUACUACAUUAGCUUCAUUGAUUUUUUCAAUAUCUUCUUUUGUUGACUAUUACUCGAUCUCGUUUAAAAGAUAUUCUCCCUAAUUUACUUAGAUACAUUCCCCAGUUAUGUAUUAAAGCCUCAAAGGCCGUUAACUUAGACUUAUUUAAUGAAUCCUUUUUAGUCAUAGUCACUGAAAUAAUUUUUAUCAUAUCAUUAGUACACAUGUCAUAGUAAGUAAACAUUUAAGUGAAAAGACAUGAUACUAUUACGCCCUAGAUUAUAGUAAAGUUAGCAUUCGCGUAGGAAGAGGUUCAGCUAUAACAGAUUACCGCCAAUUAUUUUUAUAGCUGAUCUAGAUCUCUCAUGUAUAUAAUUCCUGCAAGACGAGACGAAACUCACGUAAGUACUGCUAAAAAUACAAAUUAUAAUCUACUAUCACUAAUACAAUACACUGGAGAUUACCGAAUAUAUCAAUAUACAGCCAGAGAUCACAGUAAAUAUAAACAAGCAUAUUCUAAAUACAAAUCGACUGCAAUGCUGUGUAUUUAUUCGUUUUUAGGCAUUGAUUACUAAAUAUUAGAAAUACAAUAACAUAUGCUGCCAAAUAUCACAAAUAGGUACGAUCAGUAUGUUAUAUUGAAUUUGUGUUAAAUCGGUGUUAGGAAAUAAGCUUUAUAUUUAAAUAGUUCUAUCUUCUGGAUGUAAGAGUAAGGAGUAAGGACGCUUUAUACGAUCACCUCAACGCUUAAAUCUAUCGCUUUAGGGUGAUACAGAUUACAGAUUUUUAUAGAACUGCCACAAGAAAUCACGUGAGAUAGUCAAUAGAGGGGUUUCUAAGUCAAACGAUGACUUGUACAGUGCUUUAUUUCACGAUUCUGCCGUCUAGAUUUUUAGCAAUAAUAUACGGGCCAAGAUCCCAGUGCUGUCAGACAUUAUUUAUCUUCUGAAAGAUGUGGGAUAGAGUAGUGCCAGAAUGUACCCUUAAGAGGGCUCU